GUGAAUCACAGAGGGGGCGUGGUCUAGAUGGAGGCCGGGCAGUAGUUAACAUGGUGGUUUAGUAUUUGCCUGGUGUACGUCGGAGGAGGCCCUCGCUACCUGGAUUUUAGUUUGUCUUUCUUUGUUACCCUUUUAUUUUGUUUUCUUUGAGCUUCAUCAUGGAGAUGAAGAAGAGGGUCAGUCUGGCGCUGAAGAGCAGAAGUCCCGCCGAGGUGGUUGAGCUGGUGGUGGAAAACUGUCGCUCCAGUGAUGGAGAGGUUGAAGGUCUGACGGAUGAGUACACAAAUCUGGAGAGUCUCUGCAUGAUGAACGUCGGGAUCAGUUCCCUCUCCAAACUGCCCUCACUGCCCAAACUACAAAAGCUGGAGGUGAGCGAUAACUCCAUCUCUGGUGGUUUGGACGUGCUGGUGGAGAAAUGUCCCAACCUGACUUACCUGAACCUGAGUGGGAACAAAAUCAAAGAGAUGAGCAGCAUCAAGCCACUGCAGAACCUGAAGAACCUGAAGGGUCUGGACCUGGUUGGUUGUGAUGUCACGUCUCCGGAUGACUUCAGAGAUAAUGCCUUUGAGCUGCUGCCUCAGAUCACCUACCUGGACGGAUUUGACCGGGAGGACAACGAAGUUCCUGACUCUGAGAAUGAUGAUGAUGAUGAUGAUGAUGAUGAAGAAGCUGGUCCACCUGAUGACGAUGAUGAUGAGGAGGAGGAUGGCUCUGAGGGGGAAGUUGGCCUGUCCUACCUGAUGAAGGAAGGUAUUCAGGAUGAAGAGGAUGAUGGAGAUUAUGUAGAAGAGGAUGAGGAGGAAGACGAGGAGGAAGAUGAGGACGGAGCUGCUGUUACGGGAGAGAAAAGGAAGAGAGAUGCAGAGGACGAAGGUGACGACGACGACGAUGAUGAGUAGUGGACUUACAUGGCCCCGCCCUCAUCAGAUGACCCCUCCCACGAUGGGUGUGGCCUCUAAACUGCAGACACCAGAAGUUCAAAUUCACAGAUGUGUCAUCCUUAGUUGAUGUUGCUGUUACCUUGGUAACACAGAGGAAGACUUAUCAGAUUAGAUGGUGUUCUUGAUGAUCAGCUGAUGGUUGGAUGUCAAUAACAACAUUAACACAAAUCAAACAAUUCUUUUCCCUGACAAACGCUCUGCAGCGGCUCAGAACUGGACUUCUGAUUGGUCACGUUUCUGAUCACAUGACCAGGCCUUCUCAAAGCUGGCUUUGUUUUUGGUCUAGUUCAGAUCAGUGCAGGUGAGUUUUUAUGCAGCUGGUGUGGACCUCUCUGAACAUGUGCAGUAGAGACCCCCAUACAUGACAGAAGGAACACCUGGAGCUCCUGAUCCUCCAUGAGCAGAACCCCACAGGAAGUCCUGAUUCUGACUCAGACCUGCAGCGUGUUUCUGUUAGAUGAAACCAGUUCAGCCACUGGUUUUCCCCAUCUCCCUGGUCUUCCUGGUCCAGGACUCAUCUAUCUGUCUCAGAUACUAGAUUACCCAUAAUCCUCAGCAACUCUGCUUUGUGACAUCAAGGCUACCAUCAUUUCAACUCCUGAUUGGUCUAAAUGUUAUCCAACAUUGAGGUACACCUGCUGUCUUAUGGGAUGUCUCUCUGGGACUUUGACGUGGACUCCUUCAUUUUAAAGUGACUGUUACUGCAUUAGACCCCCCACCCCACUCCCAUCCUGCUGUCUGCAGCUCCUGCUUUUGUAAAUAAUUGAACCGGUUGCUGUAGGUCUCUGGUGUUGUCUGUGUGAGUUUGGACCCAUGAGGUCAGAGCCUCUUCAUGUUAAUUUUAUUUUUUUAUUCCUGUUUUUCUGAUUGUGUCGCUGUAAUCCCAGACUUUUUAAAUAAAAUUACUUAAACCAGACAA